AAUACAUCAUCCAUUCUCUUCGAAAUGGAAUUCCUCCCCCACCUCUCCUGUUUCCUUGUUAGCUGGAAAGAGCACCACAAGCGCUCGAAAUAUAUGCGUAUGGACGAAUCGAGGAUUCAUCAUGAUGAACGAGCCAUACAUCCAUGCCAUUUGAUAUGAUUGCCGCUCGCCCUCACUCUCGUCUCGUCUCGUCUCGUCUCUAUGGGAGAGACCAUCGGCCGACACGAGACCAAUUAGCGACCGUUCGGGCUCGGACCAUGCGUGAUCCUAGCCCGAACCGAACUCCGUUAACGUAACUAUUCCGGAGGUUCCUUAGAACACAACUCAUCCCAUAAACGCCGCACCGGAGUCGAGCAUCGGCAGCAGAAGAUAAAGUCCCUCCCCACCCCCACCCCUACCCCCUCCCUCCCCUUCUCGGUCGCUUGGAGAUGCCAUUUUAGUCCUCGGAGAAGUAGACCAUGUCCUGAAUGGGCUUGCAUAUAGUGAACUAUGAAGGGCUACCAUUCUAUGGAGCAUUAAGAAUUUACUUGGGACCUAUAUGCACCUGUACAAUGAAGAGUUUACAAUUCCAGCGAGCACCAAUUCUGGCAAAUGUUCAAAUGUCUUCUUUCAAUGCAUCUCGAGCAUUGAUCCACGCUUAUUCCUUUCCCAAAGAGUACUCUGUUGGAGCUUUGCAACUUGUCAACGAUGAAGAAUCAUCUAAACUCAAUAAUCAGCCGAUGACUACAGAAUCAUCCACCGAGCAGUAUAAAACUGAGAAGAUUUCAGCAGAUAGGGAUGGAGAAUGCCAGUUGCAUGAUUUAGACAAUGUUAAAUACGAGGAAGCUGGUGGUCCUUCUGAUCAUGCAAAACGUACUUCAAAUAUGUGGGACAAGGAAAUCCAGAGAAGGCGGAAGAUUGGACUAGCAAACAAAGGUAGAACACCUUGGAACAAGGGAAAGAAGCACAGUGAAGAGACGAGAGAGCUCAUUAAGAAGAGGACCAUAGAGGCCUUGAGAGAUCCCAAGGUUAAGAAGAAGAUGUCUGAAUAUCCUCAUUCUCAUAGUGAUCAGAGCAAGGCGAGAAUAAGUUCUGGGCUAAAAAAGUCAUGGGAAAAGCGCUUGAAACAUAGAAGAUCACAAGAGAAUUGCUGCAUUAUGUGGUCGGGAAGCAUUGCAGAAGCAGCAAGAAAAGGUGGUUCCGACCAACAAGAAUUGAACUGGGAUAGCUAUGAAAAAAUUAAAGCUGAUAUCGAAUCUCAACAUAUUCAGCAGAAAGGAGAAAGAGCAAGGGCCAGAGAAAUUGCAAAGCUAAGGGCAGGGAGAGUGUCCCAGAUUAGGGUAGAAAAUGUUGCAGGGCUUGCUAAACAGAGGAAUAACAAUGAAAAGAAGGCAGAAGCUAACAAAGUUGAGGCAUCAUCAUGGAAGAGAUCAGAGGAUGAGAAAAAGAAGACAGUUUUAUCUAAGGAUUUCAGACUUAAGGCAAGAUUGAUUAAGUUUCACCACCGUAAGAAGAAGUUGAGCGGAUUUAUCAGACUUCAGAGCAAGAAGAUAGUUGAGCCUGAGCCACUUACUGAGAAAUGGGAUUUAGAGGUUAUCAAGGCAGAAAUGAUGCAAAGAAAAAUUUCGCUUGCUGAUCAAAUUCAGGCUAUGAAGAGCAGAAAAGGGAAAUGCACCACCGAAGGAGUUCCAGCCUCGGCACCAUUUGAUUCUUCCGUCGAAGACAAAGCAAGAAGCUGAUAAUUCUUUUACAUCUACUUCGCCGCGUAAUAUACACCAGGGAGAAAUCAGCAUGCUUCUCCCUAUGCUGCUUGUAGUUUUCUAUCCAAUUAGAAUGUGCCUCUGCUAAGUUGUACCAAAAUUCAUUUAAACUUGCCACAUUGUAUUAAAUUUGAAUUCCAAAAUUGAUUGCCAAUCAGAAUGAUACCAAA